CAACUGGGUGUUCAUGGUGGACACGCUCAAUUUCUCCUUCUGGGCGGAGCAGGACGACCGCAAGUGCCUCGUGCGCUAUAAGGGCAGAGAGUACAGCGGGUACUGGGCCCUCUGCGCCGCGGUCAACAGGGCCCUGGACGAAGGUCGGUGCUUGCCCGGAGGCCCGGGAGGGCGCGCAGAGCCGUGGCCCCGACGCUCGCGAGGGCGGCUCGCUCUGCCGCCUCCUCGGCAUAGAGCUCCGGGAAGAAGUUGACAGGGGAUGUUCCCGUUGUAGGCCCACGCCCGGCGAUGCUCGGGCUUUUCCCUAGUUUGGCACACAGGAAUCCUGGCCGUGCUCCGAGUGACAAAUCGGUGCCGGGAUCAAACCUGGCUGGCCGCGUGCAAGGCAACUCCCCUGCCAGCCGCACAAGACCAUUUUCUUGUGCCCAAGGAAAUUGUCGUGAUCAUCAUCAUUCCAGCAAGCGGAUUCGCUGUUUGGUUUUUUCCCCCUUUUGAUCUGUGGGCCACAAUCUGCCGUGCUUACUCCUGGCUCUAUGCUCAGAUCUGUAGUGGUGGGCUCCGGGGCCCGGAGGGGGGCUGGGGUAGAAACCGGGUCAGUUGCAGGCAAGGCAAGCGCCUUGGGGUCUGCCCCCUUGGACGGCCUUCUCAGGAUCCUAUCUGUCCUAAAUAACGGCCAGAUACCGUAAAACUUGGUAUGCAGCUGACCACAUCCGGUGUGAUACUGCACUUGUUAGAGAUGUGCAAACAGAAGAGGUUUGUUAGAGUUAGAGAUGUGCAAACAGAAGGUUCAACCUCAGACUGUUCAAUGAGUCAUCCAUUUUUAUUUUACGUUGUAGUCCUCGAGUUUUGUGGUGGAGUGUCGAGGUCAUACUGUGGAGCUCGGGAGCUGCGCUUGGCUCUACUUUGGAAUACCAAUAACUAGUGCUUCGUACUAUGCCACUGUGACUCUGGAUCAGGUCCGUCAUGUGCUCCGCUCUGACACAGACGUGCCCAUGCCUCUGAUAGAAGAGAGGCAUCGCAUUCUCAAUGAAACGGGGAAAAUUCUGCUUGAGAAGUUUGAAGGCUCUUUUCUUAAUUGUGUCCGAAAAAGUGGGAAAAGUGCACAGAAAUUAAUGGACUUGGUAGUCGAAAACUUCCCUUCUUACAGAGAUGUGGCUGAGUUUGAGGGGGAGAGAAUUUCUUUUUACAAACGGGCCCAGAUCCUUGUAGCAGAUACGUGGAGUGUGUUCGAGGGAAAAGGAGAUGGAAGCUUUGAGGAUAUCUCUACUAUCACCAUGUUCGCAGACUAUCGGUUGCCUCAGGUUCUUGCUCACCUAGGCGCCUUGAAAUACUCUGAUGAACUGAUGGAGAAGCUUCGUACAGGGGAAGAGCUCUCCAAUGGGAGCAGGCAAGAGGUGGAAAUCAGAGGGUGCUCAGUUUGGUGUGUUGAGCUGAUCCGUGAUCAUCUUCUGGAGCUUAUUGACAAAACAGGCGAAAAAGCUAGCAGAGAAAUCAAUUCCAUUCUCUUGGAUUAUUACUUAUGGGACUAUGCUCGUGAUCAUAGGGAAGACAUGAAGGCAAUUCCAUUUCAUCGCACACGUUGCAUCUAUUAUUGACCCAGAAUGUAAGCCAAUCCAGCAAAGACUGUCUGCAUCUUAUGUCUCACAUCCAUUUGAACGGUUUUGCUUUGCUAUUCAGAGAAGGUAGUAGAGAUAACAAGAACAAGCUUUUUUUUCCUGAUGUCAUGUGUAGGGUUCAAGUGGUAGAGCCUUGUGUUUGCAAGGCCAGGUUUGAUUCUUUAGCACUACGCAACUCCCCAACGAGUUGCUGGGCCAAGCAUAGCCAGGAAUAGCCCCUAUUUAAACCUUUUUUCUGACAUAUCACUGUAUUGCCUCCCAAUUUUAUACUUUUCUUAGUUGUAACUAUAAUUUUCCCUUCUGUGGACACAAAGUUGAUAUAAACAAUGAAGGACCUUAAAAUAUUUUUGUUUUUUGGGGACCACAUUGAACUGUGCUUGGGGAUCACUGCUGGUGGUGUUUGGAGGACCCUACGCAAUAUUAGAUAUCAGCCUCAUGCAAAGCAAGCACUGACCAUCGUACUAUCUCUCUGGCCCAGGAAUUUUAGUGCUUUAUUUAAAUGACAGGGUUUUUUGUUUGUUUUCGCUUUUUUUCCCUUAAAUCAUGGCAUAAUUAUCAGUGAUAUCUCAAUUAUUAUAUUUUCUCAAAGUGUAAUUUUUGGUAUUUGACCCUUUGAUAUAAAAGAUAAAGUCUUCAUUCUGAAAUAUGAUGCUCUUGUAAAAAUCUUGUUUUGCAAGGAAAUAAUAUUGAACAGUGGAAAACCUGUGGCUUUUGAUUACUAAGCAGGUUUUGCUGAGAGGGAAUUAAGAGGUGUACUAGAAGUAACAUAAGAUAAGGGCGUUUGUGUGGUGGUAGGGUGCAGCAACUUGUAUGUCAAUACCAUAAAUUUUAAUACUAUUGUAAUCAUGUUACAAAAAUUUUAUAUAAAAUUUAUAUAAAUUUAUAUAAAAUUUACCCAAAAUUAUAAUAAAAUUUUUAAAUGAUUUUAAAAA